AUGUCUAAAAAACAAAUGUUAUUAUCUCAUUUAAGUUAUAUGGAACCAUUAAUUAGUUUUUGUUGUUCAACUUUAAAUAAAGAGAAUGUACAACAUAUUUAUGAUUUUACUUUUGAAGAUAAAAAUUCAGUUUAUUAUAUCAGUGUUUUUAUUUAUCACAAUAUUCAUGAUUUAAUUGCUCAAAAUUCAUUUUUUGAAUUAAAUUUACAAUAUUCUCAAUUAAAAGUAUUAUCAUUACUUGAUAAUCAAAAAAAUACUCCUUCAGUACUUUCUUUUAUUGAAAAAUUUAAAGAAAAAAAUAUUGCUACUUUCAGACACUUAACAAAUCUUCUUCAAGAUACUUUUGAAAAAUGA